CGAUACCGAUUUUUAGUCCUUUGCGUGCUUCGAUCCUGCGGUAAAUAGUGGUCGAUCAGCGCACCUUGUAUCUCAUUUCGAUUCGACCUAAUUGACUACGAAUUUUCUUCAUUCCGACAUCCCCAGCUUUGCAAUUAUGGAGUGUUUCCGGCAGAUUGGUCGAUUGGUCAAGGCCCCAUUCCAGCGUGACUCGCACCAUAGGGCAUUAGAAAUCGGACACCCAACCAACUUCCGCAAGGAGGAAAUGCCGACUUUCUUCCCAGAUGACGAGUCAGUACAUGUUAGCACCAAACCUCGAGAGACUGUUUCUGACAAUGCCGUUCACAGUGCUCAAACGUUACAUAGCCACAGCUCUUCCCUUGAGAAGGAUGCAAUGAUCAAGACCUUGGAACGUGAACCCUCAACUCGCCAACGGAUCAAGAACAAUGUCCGAAGACUAAGUAUCAGAGUAGCUCGGCCAGUCUCAGAACACGAAGACUGAGGCCGUUGGCUCAAAGCCAGGCAUUCUCAUGCCUGGCUUACAGAGCUUCAGAAGUUGUGCCGC